ACACACACACACACACACACACACAAACAAACACCCACACACACAUGUAGAUGUAAACAAAGAGACCAAAGCAUGUUUCCAAAUGCAGCUGUUUAAAGAAUCAAUAAAGUUUUUAUUCAAUUAUAAAUUGAUUUUCAUCAUCAUCAUUUAUUCUUUAUCCAGAUUGGAGGGCUGCAGGUUGUCAGAGACCAGCUGUGCUUCUCUGGUCUCAGCUCUGAAGUCCAACCCCUCACAUCUGAGAGAGCUGGACCUGAGAUAUAACAAGCUGCAGGGUCCAGGACUGGAGCUGCUUUGUGGUUUUCUGGAGAGUCCAGACUGUAGACUGGAGACUCUGAGAUUGGAGCACUGCAGGUUGUCAGAGACCAUCUGUGCUUCUCUGGUCUCAGCUCUGAAGUCCAACCCCUCCCAUCUGAGAGAGCUGGACCUGAGGGACAACAAGCUGCAGGGUCAAGGACUGGAGCUGCUGUGUGGUUUUCUGGAGAGUCCAGACUGUAGACUGGAGACUCUGAGAUUGAAGAGCUGCUGGUUGUCAGAGACCAGCUGUGCUUCUCUGGUCUCAGCUCUGAAGUCCAACCCCUCCCAUCUGAGAGAGCUGGACCUGAGGGACAACAAGCUGAAGGGUUCAGGACUGGAGCUGCUGUGUGGUUUUCUGGAGAGUCCAGACUGUAGACUGGAGACUCUGAGAUUGAGGGGCUGCAGGUUGUCAGAGACCAGCUGUGCUUCUCUGGCCUCAGCUCUGAAGUCCAACCCCUCCCAUCUGAGAGAGCUGGACCUGAGGGACAACAAGCUGAAGGAUUCAGGACUGGAGCUGCUGUGUGAUCUUGUGGAGAGUCCAGACUGGAGACUGGAGACUCUGAGAUGGAAGUGAUCAGAAAGGAGGAUGUGUGAGACCUGAUGUGGAGUCCUCCAUCACCCCUAUGUGUCCUCUGGAUCUGAAGAGUAGCAUCAGUGGAUCUGGACUGUCCUUCUACACCGUCUCUGCAGACCCACUGAGACUCCUCCACUCCUUCUGCUCCACACUGAGUCUCUAAUGUCCAGCUCUGUCUCCACGGCGCUGUGGAGUCAGGUCUGGCUACAACACAGAUGCAUUCUGGGAUACGAGG